CAGGGUAACAUAUCCCUUGUUUACCUCCAAAACAUGGGAAAUAAAUUGGAACAGAAGGGUGCGUCGAGUGCCCUAAUUUUUCACGGAAUUUAGGGCGGGAUUAGGGUUUCGUUUGUAAAUUUGAUCAAUUGGUUGCUACUCGGUUGUCAAUUCUCUCAUAGGGAAGAUGGAUUCAGAAGCGCAAAAAUCCUCGUUGAAUCCCUCUGCAAUGCUCGCUUCUCUUCUCGGUAGGAGGACCAAGCUUCAAGAAGAGCUUCGAAACAUUGAAAGACAGGUCUAUGAUAUGGAGACUAGUUAUUUACAGGAUCCCAGCCAAUGUGGCAAUGUAUUAAAAGGUUUUGAAGGAUUCCUAUCUUCAUCUAAGAGCACUGCCCUCUUGAAGAGAUCUAGGAAAUUUCAGCCUGAAGAUAGGCUCUUCUCAUUAUCAUCAGUCACAUCGCCGGCAGCUGAAGAACUUGCAGCUGGACGAGAUGAUGGAAGAUCAGACUACGGUCCUGGCCGGUCCAAGGGGGGAAGUAUAUAUGCAAAUGGGCAAGGAAAGCCCAAGAAGGGAAGACCUACACCUAGAGAUGCGAAGAGAAUCAGGCCUUCAAGCGAGCAAGAUUUUGACUAUGACGAUGAUCCUGAGUUGACAUUGUAAAUGAAGAAAUAUGGAUAAAGUUGCUCAUGUCAGUUUCCAGUGGUUUUUCCAAAUUUUGUUAGUGCCUUGGUUCACAUUUCACAGGCCAGCAAAGUGCCGCCUUCACUGAUUGUAGCUAUUUAAUGUAAUUCGAGGUUACAAUUACCUCUGAUAUAUUUAUUGUACAAAAAAAAAAAAAAAAAAAAAUCUGUAUGGAAUUUUCAAAGAACACCAUGCCAACCAUGUAUAACUCAUUUCAUUAUUUUCUAGUAUACCAGGACAUUGUAUGUGCUCAUAA